AUGGCAUCACCUGGUGGUGGUGAUCGCGGUGGUGGUCAGGCUGGUAAGGGCGGUGCUCCUGCCGGAGGGGGAACAUCGACGAAGGCGACGACGGCCAAAGCGGACGAUUGUCCAUGGAAGAGCGCAUUGCAUAAGCCGCCUAGGGCCAUAUACGUGAUGCAUGGUUAUGAUAGGACAGAACGAAGUACAGUGGAAUCAGCAUUACAGAGUUUUGUGGAACAUAUGACACAGAGUGAAAAGAUCAUAGAAAGCAUAGGAGCAAACUGUGAAAAUGCUUAUUGGAAUGAUUUGCUGAAAGGUGCAUUCCAUGAGGGACAGAGAGUGGCAGAUAUGAUGAGGUGCAGACUCAUGAAUACUGCAUUAUAUUUCGCGAACGGUUCAGUGAGGACAGAGGAUGGUAGUGUUACAAACAAUGGGGGCACGGAUGAAGCAACCAAUAAAUUAAGAUGUGAAAUAGUGAAUGUUUUUGGGAAUAUCCUGAAACACAGGUACUGUCCGCAGCAAAGACCAUGGAAAAGAGGUAUAGAGUAUGCAUGGGAAAUAAUGCGACAAAUGGGGGACACCAAAUGGGGAGGAAUGGUACCCCCAGGUCCUGUUUUAGACCAAAGGUGCACAGAAUGUGGCUACAAAAGUAAAGGGAGAAAAUUAGGUAUAGUAAAUGGAGAUAUGGCCACAUGGUUAUUACUGCAAUGGAGAGUCAUGGACAAAAUAACAAAAAUGGAACGCACAAUGGAGUGUACUGCAGAUUGGAAGGAAUAUCAACUAGAGCAAGGGCAGCAUGGCAACCUUACAGCUCAGGAUGAGGACGGGAAGAAAAAACUGGAGGACGUAAAGGAGGAGGCAAAAAAGACAGCAGAAGAAAUAGUUAAAAAGAUGCAGGACGAAGUGAAGGAAGUAUUAGAUGACUUAGGAGAUUGUACGGCAUCGCGCGCUACAGACUGCGUGAAGCAGCUCUUCGAGAAAGAAAUUCGAGAAAGGGCAGCAGAGGAAGCCAAGAAGAAAAAACGGGACUCCGUGCGACCCCCCGCGGCUGCCGCGGCGACGCCGGCGGCGACAACGCCAGAAGCACCCAAACCGCCGGCAGGAGGAAGUACUGAGGAGACACAGAAGCCCGAUAGGGACGUAGCCAGGACAGAUAAAACCGCUGGAGCACAGGACGCGGGAGGAGCAGCAUCAGGAUCGGGGCAGCAACCGCAAGCGCCUGCAUCUCCAGUAUUACCAGCACGACCACCACCACCUCCACCACCCAAGGGGAAAGCUUCUGAGGGCACCCAGGGGCGGAACGAUGCAGACAAAGCAGGUAAGUGCACAGAGAGUUCCACCAGUACGAAUGCGAACGCAUCCAGCGUUAGCGUAAGCCUCGGGUGUACCUCAGACAAGGAGUUAGGAGUUCCAGACCGUGUACCUCCACCUCCCCCUGAUCCAGCGCCAGGUCAGCCCAGUGCACCCAAGACUGAUGAGGAUUCCUCGAACAGUACACCUUCAAAAUCUGCCUCUGACCCCGUGGAACUCAGUUCACCGGAAAACCGGCAAUCACCGAAGGUUCCCCCUGAGGCAGAUCCCGUAAAAGAUAGUUCUAAUUUAUGGGGAAUAGGAUGUGCAACCACAGGUGCCGGUGGACGCCGUGGUUCCUGCAGUCCGGAGGAACCCAGUUCAGGCCUACCUGCACGUUCCCCUGGCCCUCUUACUGAAAUCAUGGACAAAGCCAAGAAGAGUCAACUGAAUGAUUUUGAUUUAGUACUUUGCCUACCUCGGACAAACACGACGACGAACAUAUCGAACCGUGCGUGA